GCUACGCAACGCCCGGUGCCCUCGCUGGUGCUUCCGGCAGCGCUGUCAUUGGCUCUCUCAGGUCCGGCGCUGCCUCAGGUCUGUGUAUCGCAGCCCUUGUCCCUGCGGGGUCCGCAGUGACCGUGAGAGCGUAGAGAGGACGCCAGGACACCCAGAAGCCAGAGAUGAAUUCAGCGAUGAAUCCAUCAAGACCUGGGCUUUUCUUUGUUGGAUAAUAUAUGGUCUGUUUUGGAGAAUGUCCCAUGCGAUGCUGAGAAGAAUGUGUAUUCUGAUGUGGCUGGGUGGAACACUCUGUAAACAUCUGCUAAGUCCAAUUGCUCACAGGACUCGGUGACCUUUGAGGAUGUGGUUGUGAACUUCACCCUGGAUGAGUGGGACCUGCUGGAUUCUUCCCAGAGAGAACUCUACCGAGAUGUUGUGGGGGAAAUCUUUAUGGACUUGGCCUUCAUUGGGGAAAAAUGGAACCAGAACAUUGAAGAUUGGUACAGAAAUCAGGGGAGAAAUUUAAGCAGUCACAUUGUAGAGCGCCUCUGUGAAGGUGAUGCAGGUGGUCGCUGUGAAGAAACCUUCACCCCGGUUCCAGCUCAGAACUGGGAGCAGAAAACCCUUCCGGCAGUAGAAUCCCAGCACUGCCGUGUGUGUGGAAUAGUCCUGUCCCGGUCAUGCUCAUCUGACCCCAUCUCAUCCCCCACGGGACCAGAACUACAGGAACAGCAGGAAUCAGAAAGGAAACUGUACACCUGUGGGCAGUGUGAGAAGGCCUUGAGCUGUGAUUGCCCUUUCCCAAUUGAUGACAGGAGUCACCCUGGAGAGAAGCCCCGUGAAUGCCCAGCACAUGAGGAGGCCUUCAUUUCGGUCACCAGCCUGGGAGGAUACGUGAUAGCACACGCCGGAGGUGGACCACACAAGUGUUCCGUGUGUGGGAAAGGCUUGCAGUACCCCAGCUCGCUCAAGAUCCAUGAAAGGAUUCACACGGGAGAGAAGCCCUUUCAGUGUGCCCAGUGUGGGAAAGCCUUUAGCUGUUUAGGUUCGGUUCGAAGACACCAAAGAACCCACACUGGAGAGAAACCCUACUCAUGUAAGGAGUGUGGAAAAGCCUUCAGCUCCCUCUCAGGCCUGCAGGGACACACCAUGAGGCAUACCGGAGGUGGGCCUCAUCAGUGUAAGGAAUGUGGCAAAGUUUUUAACUCCCCCAGUGCCCUAAAGAAGCACGAGAGAACUCACACGGGAGAGAAGCCGUACCCUUGCAGGCACUGUGGCAAAGCCUUCAUCUGCUCCACUUCCGUCCGAAAACACGAAAGGACUCACACUGGGGAGAAACCCUACGAAUGUAAGCAGUGUGGAAAGGCCUACAUUUCUCUCUCCGGCCUGCAGGGACACGUGAUUAGGCACACUGGAGACGGGCCCUACAAGUGUAAAUUCUGUGGGAAGGCCUUCGGUUCUCCCAGCGCAGUCCUCAGGCACGAAAGUGCCCACGUUGUGUAGGAUUCCUCUGACUCAAGGGAUGGCAAAGCCUCCAUUUGCCUUCCAGGCAUUCAAAGAUGCAUAAUAACAGUGGAGACUCAUCUGACAAAUGUAGGGUCUCUGAGGCGGCUAAGGAAAUUUGAUUAUUCCGAGUACGGGAAAAAACUCAUAUUGGUGAGAAACACCACAAAUGUAGCAUGUAUGAGAAAGCUUUAGUCCAUCAAAGUCUGUUUGGAAUGCCUGGUGCCCACACUGGUAAAAACCCUAUGAAUAAAAAAUGAAUUGAAACCUG